GCUGCUUUGUAUCGUCUACUUGCUCAAUAUGGCAUUCGCAACUGCUUCUCAGACUUCAUACGCCCUCUUGUUUGGGAGCCGAGAAAAUAUUAAUGGAACAAAAAGAAGAAGGAGAAGAGCAAGUUUUAAUUCCAGGCAUGUAAAUGUUAGUAGUUUUCAGGUGUAUGCAUUAUCACAACAACAAGGCACUCGCAAAGAGCGCCAGAGAGCACCACCAGGAGUCGACACCAGAAUUCACUGGGAAAACGAAGACGAAGGUUGGAUUGGAGAAACUACUUCUUCUUCUUCUUCUUCUUCUUCUUCUUCUUCAAUCCCUGGUGAUGAAGAACAGCGGAAGAAUUUUUUGGGUGAAAAAUUCUCUGAUUUGCUCGACCAUUCCCCUGACUCCCAUUAUCAGUUCUUGGGGGUAUCAGCAGAAGCAGAUUUGGAAGAGAUAAAAGCAGCAUACAGGAGGUUAUCAAAGGAAUACCAUCCAGAUACAACCUCUCUUCCCCUUAAAGAUGCAUCCAACAAGUUCUUGAGGCUGAGAGAGAUCUAUAAUGUUCUGAGCAACGAAGAGAGCCGGAGAUUUUACGAUUGGACACUCGCUCAAGAGGCGGCCAGUCGACAGGCUGAGAAAAUGAGGAUGAAAUUGGAAGAUCCAUAUGAGCAAGACUUGCAGAACUAUAAACCAGUUCCUGAUAUGGUUGAUCGACUUGGUGGAAGGAACAUGGAGCUCAGUGAUCAAGCUUAUACUGCUCUCACCAUUGAUGCUGUUAUCAUUGUUUUUGCUAUUGCUUGUGCUAUUUAUGUCACCUUCUUUAAAGAAUAUUGAUUCAAUUAAAUUACUGUAUACUAUUAUACCAUGUAAAAUUUAGAACGAUUAAUUAAAUGUUCCAAAAUUUAUAGUUUAUGAAGUAGAUAUCGAAGUUAGAGAAAGCAAAUAAGAGUUUUUCUUAUUUUCUUUUCCUCUUUGUGUAUU